CAGGUAGAAAAGCAACGGUCCUCAUCAGAACCAGAACCAGGGGGGUAGAUUACCCAGGCACUAUCCAUACUAAAGCAAUCAAUUGAAAUGCAACCUCCACAAACCCUCGCCUGCCCCACAGCCUUGGAUGCCUUUUUCGAGCCUCGCUUCUCCCCUUUCCCAGCAGCUUUUGGCUCACCGUCGCCGACUAAGACGGGCCUAACUCCAAACCCCCCCUCUUGCUCCGGGGCCCUACCACGAGUAGAGUUAGUGGCUCUGCUCUUUUCUUGGACCUGCGUCGUUGCCUCUCUUCGCCAACCGUCCCUUUCAGUCGAUCCGAUUCAUGGGCAAUUUUAACCUGCCACCGGCGUUAAGACUCGUGUCGUGAGCGUUGCUUUCUGGUGGCCGGCCCUCUUGCUUGCUCUUCGUACCUCGCUUGCUGCCCAUUUCU